AUGUCGGUGGACGGAAUACUCGACGAAAAUGAGAGAAAAGUCGUCAAUGAAUUUUGUCAUUUAUUGGAAAAAUCGAAGCAACUGUUCAAUGGCUUGAGAGAUCUACCUCAAUAUGGGCACAAACAAUGGCAGUCUUACUUUGGGAGAACAUUUGAUGUUUAUACUAAAUUAUGGAAAUUUCAACAACAGCAUCGGCAAAUAUUAGAUACAAAAUAUGGGUUAAAAAGAUGGCAGAUAGGGGAGGUGGCCAGUAAGAUAGGACAACUUUACUACCAUUAUUAUUUACGUACAAGUGAAACUAACUACUUAAGUGAAUCAUUUUCAUUUUAUUCUGCUAUAAGAAUGAGAGCUUAUUACUCUAAAGCUACCAAAGAAGACAGGCCAGAUUUAAUGGUGAAGAAAUUACGAUAUUAUGCCAGGUUUAUUGUGGUCUGUUUACUCUUAAAAAAGAUGAAAUUAGUUCGAGACUUAGUCAGGGAGCUAGCUAAACAAAUAGAUGACUAUACCAGUACUUAUGAACCUGAAGAUCAGAUGGAAUGGAAUCUAGUUCUGGGUGAAAUAAAAGCAUUUAUAGAGGCUGAUAAUAUAAUUAAUGUGGUAGAUGUUGACUCGACUACUAUAGUAUUAUCACAUAGAUUAACUCCCCUGAAUACACCACCAGCUGAUAAAGGGGCACCUGUUUAUUUAUCUCUACAAGAAAUAUUAAUAGUUGGUAACUGUCACGAACAGGUGAAGUUCAGUGAAUUAACAUUAGAUAUGUUUAGAAUGUUACAAACAUUAGAGAGAGAACCACAAGAAGAUUUAACUACUCAGAUCUAUGAUGUUUCACCAGCUCCUGGUCGACAGUUAUUUGAAAAUGGAGAUCGCACACGAAGAGACAACCCCCAUAAAUACUUAUUAUAUAAGCCUACUUAUGGCCAGUUAAAUACCUUUCUUGCCUCCGCUUUUAAAGAGUUGCCACCAAACGGUGCCAUGUUAUUAUAUAUAUCAGCUGAUGGUUGCCUAGGAAAUGCCAAACACACAGAUGAUGCUGCCUAUGAUUUAGGUGGAGUUGUAACUAACUCUAGAAGAGAAGGGGAAACACCUAGUAAAGGUAAACGCCCUGGUGUUCUUAAAGAAAUGCACAGUUUACAUCCUGGUGAUUUAUAUCCUUACACUCGGAAACCAUUAUUCCUUAUAGUUGAUAGUGAUAACAGUUCAGCAUUCCAGAAUUUCCCUACAUUAUUUGGGCAGCCUCUAGUAUGUCUUCUAUCUCCAGAACAAGUACCUACAACCAUGCAAGAUCAGCAUCAAAAAGGAAAUUUAUUUACAUUAUUUUUACACAGUCCAUUAAUGGCCUUUUGUUAUGUAUGUAAUAUUAUUGAUAUACCUAUUACAUUAUGGGAUAAAUGUCAAACUCAGAUAGACAAGUUUAUGGCAGAGGCUAGUAAAUUAUUUGUUCGAGCCAGAAAACUAGAUCAUUCCUACAUGCAGUUUUUUGGUGAUGAUUUUUUGAGAUUACUAUUAUUACGUUUUGUAUUUUGUUAUAUUGUUUUGAUUUUACAUCGCGGCUUUAAGGGACCAAGUUAUUAUCCAGUGUCACACCCUUCGUUACCUACUGAUGAAAUCCUAGAGCAUCCUAGUUUAUAUAAGAUAGUCUUAGAUCUAGCCAGUAUUCUAGAGGUUAGAGGAUUAUUUGCUGAACCUGGAGAAGGAGAUAUUAUCGCUUAA